CUCUGUGUACCUGACUCUCACGGAGAGCAGUACGUUGUGAUCACCUCUGCAAUAAACAACGCCACUAGAUAGAUGGCUAAAGAAACGCACGUCUGUUCAUCAGUUAGAAUUAUUAUUCCGCUGUGCAGGUAGGCAGAAGAUAUAAGCCUACCUGUUAACAGUCACCACAUACGUCAUCAUCACAAGCCUCGAUCAUACGGGCUCCACAAAAAUCUUCCUGGAUUCAACUCGACACACACACUUCGAAGCCUCGGCACGUGACGUCAAGUCACUAUCGCCCGGGCCUCCGACUCAUAGGAGGCGCUGUCUCUGGGGUGAUCACAUGUUUAUUAUUACACAGCACAUGCGCAGAUGCAGCGUUUUCAAACGGCUGGAAGCGCUAGCGGCUGUGGGCAGUGACCGAGCCUCAUAUUUGUUUUAUUUAUCAAGUGUAUCUUCCAUCACUAGUUUCUCCGAUGGAUUUAGAAACUGGAACUUACGAACCAGGGUUUGUCGGGAUUCGGUUUUGUCAAGAAUGUAACAACAUGUUGUACCCUAAAGAAGACAAGGAGAACCGGGUCCUGCUUUAUGCGUGCAGGAAUUGUGACUACCAACAAGAGGCAGACAACAGCUGCAUAUACGUCAAUAAGAUCACACACGAGGUUGAUGAGCUGACGCAGAUCAUCGCUGAUGUGUCUCAGGAUCCCACUUUACCAAGAACAGAGGAUCAUCCCUGUCCCAAAUGUGGUCACAAGGAGGCAGUGUUCUUCCAGUCCCACAGUAUGAAGGCAGAGGAUGCUAUGAGACUGUACUAUGUCUGCACGGCUCCUCACUGUGGACACAGAUGGACAGAGUGAAGCUGAUCAUAAUGUGUCAAUUUAUUUUGAACAGUUGUCAUUUUCAGAUGUGUUUGUUAGAUUAAAAGAAUCAGUAGUUUAA